AUGUUUCUCUCGAAUCUGGUUCAAUGGGUUCUUGGCUAUCAUGAGCUGGGACAAAUGCUGGUGGCGAUUCAUGACGAUGGCCAUUUGAAAGUGGGCUCACCACAAGCCCAGGCAUCAAAUUGUUGCGAAGCACUUUACCAAGCUUUGGGUGAAGUUCUGUACUACCCGCCAGACUCGGAUUAUCAAAACUCCAGCGAUUCAUACUGGAGCUUGAGAAAUGUCGAUGUUCGACCGAGGUGCAUCCUCCGGCCUGCAUCCGUGGAGGCUGUUUCGAAAGCCACACAGAUUCUCGCUCGUGGUGCGAAGACGUGGCCCGGGAAAUGCCAGUUCGCCAUCAAGAGCGGAGGGCACACUCCAUUUCGCGAAGCUGCAACGCUCGAUGAUGGCAUCGUUAUCGAUCUCUCCAAGAUGCCGUCGGAGGGACUUGCUGAAGAUCAGAGCUCGAUCACGGUCUCGCCUGCAACAAAGUGGGACCAGCUUUAUGAGCAACUGGACCCGCUCAAUCUUACUGUCGUUGGUGGUCGUGUUGCGGGCGUUGGUGUUGGAGGUCUUGUCCUCGGUUGUGGGAUAUCCUAUGUUAGCUCCAAGCAUGGCUUCGCAUGUGACAAUGUCGAGAACUUCCAGGUCGUGCUGUCUUCCGGCCGAAUCGUCAAUGCCAAUGCGAAUGAACAUCGUGAUCUCUGGAAAGCUCUUCGAGGAGGCUCAAACAAUUUCGGCAUUGCCACUGCCAUUACCUUGAGGACGCAUGAUCAGGGUCCAUUCUGGGGAGGCCAAACAUUUCACCGUAUUGAGCAACGGGAAGAGAUCUUCCAGCGCCUGGAGAAUCUCAUAGAAGACUACGAUCAACAUACGCACUUUCUGACAACGAUGGUGAUCAAUGGUGAAAUGCGAAGUUGGUUCAUUGGCAAUAGCUACCAGUGUACUCAGUCCAAUCCACACGUCGCACUCGCUGCCAGGCCUCGUCCCUUCGAACGUCUGCUCGACCUCAAGAGGCAUCCCGUCUUCCCCGGCACACCGACUGACUCUCUAAGGAUCGGAAACAUGACAAGCUAUUCUCGUGAGUAUGCUUCUCUUCUGAAAGAGAAGAAACGCUGGACUUUCGCAUCGAUCAGCUUCGGGAACUCAGCACGCAUGAUGGAGGAGUUUUGGCAACUGACUUUCAAGGCAGUGAAACCAUUUCUCGGGAUCUCGUCUUUCCAACUCUCCAUUUCUUACCAGCCCAUCCCUACACGAUCGAGCUCUGAUCCGAACCUGAAUUCACUUGGCCUUUUGCAUUCGCAGGGACCAAUGUUCAACGUACACUUUGCUCUUGGUGUCGGUAACGAGACUGCUCACUUAGACCAUGCCAUCACGAGUGCUGUGAAAGCUUUGUUCGAGAAGGCGGAGGAGGUAGCGAGCAGCUGGGGACUGCAAAGAGAUUAUGUGCAAAUGACUUAUGCAGACGGAUGGCAGAAGCCAAUUGAGAGAAGGGGUGAGAAGGUGGUGAGAGAAAUGAUCGAGAUCAGCAAGAAGUAUGAUCCUGAGCAAAUGUUCCAGAAGCAGGUUCGUGGUGGAUUCAAGUUGACUAUGGAACAAGGACAGAGCUCUCUCAAGUUAUAG